AUGGGAGUCUACCAUUGCGAGCACUGCUUCGAAACAUUGUGUGGAGAGACGUUUGGCUGUAAAGUCUGUGGCUUUGCCCAAGUCGAUGGAAACGCUUUCUGUGAUGGCUGUGAUGCUUCAUCGCCGUGUGGUAGAUGCGAAACGUUCUGCUGUCGCCUUUGUGAAAGCAAGUUUCAUGAAUGUUGUGGCUUGGUAAUUUGUGGAUCUGGAAACGUGGAGAACUUCAAAUCCAAAGAGGAGAUGCGAAAAGAGGACGGCGUCGAACACGACGCCUGUAUUUGGGAUCACGUAAAAAAGAAGUUAGAUUGUGGACACAUUGGAUGCAACUACAACAAGGAGUACACUUGCCGAACUUGCAGCGUCAAGAAAGCCAAGAAGAACGAAACAGCUGCCAUCCAGAAAGAUCGCUUGUGGGUGGAAGAUUUGCUCAAGAAGAGUGGACCCAAAAGCAGGGCACUCUCUGCCUACCUCCAAGAGUUUCUGAAGGACCCUGAACAAAAGGAUCGGGUCAAAGUAAAGCGUGAAUUGGAAGAGUUUCAAAAGAAGGCGAAUUAUUGCAAAUGCCAAGCCUAUUGGUGA